UAUAUUUCCCGGAAUAUCUCCCAUUGGCAUUAAUUCGCCCUAAGGAGCAAAAUCACCCAUCCCUCGCUCCGCUACCAUCGCCGACCGCACGCCGACCAGCCACCCCGCCUCCACCGGCAGCCACCACGCAAGCUCUUCCACCGCCGAAUAUCAGCGAGGUUUCCACGUGUGAAAGGGGAUCCACAAAUCAAGAAGCAAAAUGAUAACGAGAAGAGUGCUUGUUUUUUCCCCUUACAUCUGCUCAUUUACAUGGGUUCUUGCUUGUACAUCCCAAUCGUGUGUCGUCUACAGACAUUUAGAAGCAUGGUGCGGGCGCUUGAUCUUCCUGAGGAAGAAGCUAGAAGAGUUAUAGAAACAAUUGCAUCCUCUGGGACAUUCUGGAUUGAAUGGGAUCAAGUGAAGACUAUUCUAUCUGUUAAACUGAAGCAGGUCCUGUCAGAUUAUCCGGAAGCAAAGAUGACCACUGAACAGCAAAGUGCUUCUUUGGGAGAGACUCACCAAGAGUUGGUAGAAAGGUUGGGUGAAGCUCUUCUAAGCUUUGACGAGGGUCCACCUUUCACCCUUCAAAGGCUAUGCGAGAUACUUCUGUCUGCACGGAGCAUAUAUCCGAAACUCUCAAAGCUUGCUUUAGCACUUGAAAAGAAUCUUUUGGUCACAUCUAUGUUGACAAGCGGUUCCAACCAGCAAAUGAUGAUACAGGACUCUGAUAACAUACAGGACUCUGAUAACCCAGAGAAAGCCAGUGAAGAGGGGAAGUUGCAAUCUAAUCUAGAGCAAGAUGGAAUUGAUGUCGUCAUGCGGGACACAGGUGAAACAAUGGCUGCAGUGGAGGAGGCUCAUGUUGAUGAGGGUAUAUCUGCUGAUAUGGAUACCUUGGGAGAAAUAGGAGGCCCGUCAGAAACUAGUUCUUCCCCGCCCAUUAGCUCCUAGUCAAUUUGUGGUUUCAACCCGGUUCAUUUCUUCUUUCUGCACAGUAAGUGCUGAGGCUUGGCCAAUAUCAUGGCUUGGUGAGAGUGGGCUUUGAUUAUGGAUGGCAUCUUUUCUUCCGUGUUGCUGCGGUGAGGGAAACCACACAGUGCGUUCUAAGACAUUGUAGAUGAUGCUGCUGACGGUUCUAUUUGAAGGAGGAUCCCCAUGCUUUAGCUUACAUUAGUCGUACUUGUAAUCUUACCAAUUUAAUGAAUUAUGAAAAUGGCAAUGUUGGUACAUAUGGAGAUGCUCUAUGCUUAUCUGACCUUUUUGUUGUGUGGGGACAGUGGAGGCAGUUGUGAUUUUAACUAUUAGAAUUCAUUUUUGGCAUUACA